AUGGCUAUAUGGGACUUAAUUUGUCUUAUGUUAAGUGCAUGUCUAUCAAAUAAAAUUGCUGAUGCAUUGUCUUCAUUGACGUUAUCACGUUCCAGUGCUCGCUUUGAAGAAUUAGAUAAUCAUUUAUUUCUUAUUGCUGGUCGAGAAUAUUGUCUGCAGUUAAUGAAUAUUGAACAACGACGUCAAUUUGAACAAGCAUUUAUAAAUGAAUUGAAUCCAGAAAAAUUAUAUGUUGAUUUACUUGCACACAUUGAAAAUACGAUCUUAUCAUCGUUUUGGGUCUGA